ACGGCAUUACCCCGGAAGUGAAGUGGGGAAGAUGGCGUUGGGGUGCUGUGGCUCUCUCGUGUUUCUCGCCGGCGGCUCCCGGAUCUUGGGCCUCAACUUGGGGGAGAGCGGGGAGCCUUUUGUUUAUGAUUGCUCCACUCAAACUGAAAGGCAGGAUGGGUCAUCUGGUGACAAGGAAAGCAAUGGGGUUGUGGCCUUUGCCUUCUCCCCUUCUGGGACCUACGUUGCUGUGACUGUGGACAACAAGCAGCUGCUGCUGUUUCGUACCAGACCCUGGGAGUGUGUCAGCGUCCGCUCUGCGCUUCGUCGAUCCACCUCACUGGCUAUCACAGGAACAGAGGACCAGAUCCUGCUGGCUGAUAAAUCUGGGGAUGUCUACAGCUUCUCCAUCAGCGAGCCACACAGCCCAGGGCAACUCCAACUUGGGCACCUCUCCAUGCUGCUGGCUGUGGCAGUUAGUCCAGACAGUCGACAUGUUAUUACAGCCGAUCGGGAUGAGAAGAUUCGAGUCAGUUUACUGGAGCAGCCGUACGUCAUUGAGGCAUUCUGCCUGGGACAUCGCGAGUUUGUUAGUGAGCUUUCCAUUCCUCCAAAUCAUCCACAACUGCUGGUAUCUGGCUCUGGGGACGGGACUGUCAGGUUGUGGGAAUAUGAAAAUGGAACGCAGCUGCACUGCCUUGAACUGAGUGAGCUACAGCCUUCUGGGUGUCAGAAGGCCCGACGUGCUGUCGUGCGGCUAGCCCAUUGCAGAGGGGCAAAUUUCUUUGCUGUUUUGUGUGAUACUUUCUCCUCAGUGUAUGUCCUGGAGCUGGAUGUGGAAUCUUUGAGACUGGUUCACCGGCAGACAAUCACAGUGAAACAGCGCGCCUGCGAUAUGUCGUUCGAUGACUCUGGGGGGCUCUGGAUCCUGGAUGGUGAGGUGGCUGUUCUGUACCAACUGCAGGAGGGGUUGUGGCAGGAAAUUCCAGAUCAUCCAGAUCAGAUGAGGAUCAAAGAGGUCAUUCGUGCCAACUGGCCAGUAUUCCAGGGCUCAGCCACUGAAAUUAGCUGCAGUAAUUUGUACAAAAUGAGCAUCGAUAACAUGGCCGAGUAUCAGCUGAAGAAACAACAGAGAAUUCACCAGAGACGGAGCAAAAAGAAAUUGGAGACACUGGAAUUGAGAGCAGACAGCAAAAGGCUGAGAAAGGGAGAAGCUGCUGUGUGAGGCUGUGGUGAUGCAGUGCACUCGACUCAACUGUGGCUGUGGGCUUCUUUCUGGUGACUGCAGGCCUUUCCUGAAAUGUCGUGUGAACCCACAGAACUGGCUGGCUGGGGAGCUGCAUGUGUGGAAGGUGGCCAUGAGGGGGCUGCAGCUCGUUGUGGGGGGGUGGGGGGU